AUGGCACCUGUGGUGAGUGCUGCACUUGGCGUGUUGGGUCCCCUGCUGGUCAAGCUCGCCGACCUGGUCGCCGGCAAGUUCGGCCGCGUGCGAGGUGUCCGCCGUGAGAUCAUGUCCCUCCAGUCCGAGUUGACCAGCAUGCAUGCCGCGCUCCAAGAAUACACGAUGCUAGACGACCCAGGCGUCCAGGUUAAGGCGUGGAUAUCGCUGCUCAGGGAGCUGGCCUAUGAUACCGAGGAUUGCAUUGACAAGUUCAUCCGCCGUGUCAGCAAUCGUGGGCGUCGCGGCGGCUUCAAGAAGCUCUUCCAUGACACCACUCGCUUCCUUAAGAUGCUAGAUUCUCGCUGUGGGAUCGCCAAGCAGAUCCACAAGCUGAAGGCUCGCAUCAAGCAUGUGAAAGAGCUCAAGGAUAGUUACAAGUUGAGUGAGACUUCUUGUAGCAAGACUGGGCAUGAGUCCGUGGAUCCUCGGUUGUGUGCUCUCUUUGCUGAGGAAGCACACCUUGUGGGUGUGGAGGGUCCAAGAGAUGAUCUUGUCAAGUGGAUGUUGAAGGAAGAAAAUAGCUCGACCAGGCAACCUAGAGUAUUGUCUAUCGUUGGAUUUGGUGGAUUGGGAAAGACAACAUUAGCAAAUGAGGAUGUAAUCUACAAAGUGCCUUUUCCUGAUGGAUUCACAAAAGAUAUUGAAAUUUGGGACGAAACGGCAGCCAUUUCCAAGCUAAGAGAAUUGCUACAAGAUAAAAGGUAUAUCGUCAUAAUUGAUGAUAUAUGGUGCACACAAGCAUGGAACACUAUCAAGUGUGCUUUCCCGGAGAAUAACCGUUCUAGCAGAAUUAUAACCACUACACGCAUUAUGGAUGUGGCAAGGUCAUGUUGUCCUUGUGGUGAUGACCAUGUGUAUGAAAUGGCAGCCCUAAGUGAUCUUCACUCCAAAAGUUUGUUUCUCAAAAGAAUUUUUGGCUCUGAGGACAACUGCCCUGAUAUGCUGAAAGAGGUUUCCAAUAAAAUCCUAAAGAAAUGUGGAGGCCUACCAUUGGCAAUUAUUAGUAUAUCCAGUUUGUUAGCAAAUAGUCCAGCUGUCAAGGAGGAGUGGGAGAAGAUUAAAAGAUCAAUUGGUUCUGCACUGGAAAAAGAUCGAAGUCUAGAGGGAAUGAGUAACAUACUAUCCCUUAGCUACAAUUAUCUUCCACCUGAUCUCAAGACUUGUUUACUGUAUUUAAGUGUAUUCCCUGAGGAUCGUGUGAUUGAUCGAAAGAGGUUAGUGAGGCGGUGGAUAGCGGAAGGAUUUAUCUCUGAAGAGCGUGGACAAAGCCGGCAAGAAGUCGCUGAGAGAUAUUUCUAUGAGCUUAUCAACAAAAGCAUGGUCCAGCCAGAGGACAUUUCCUAUGAUGGCAAGGCUCGUGCUUGCCGAGUCCACGACAUGAUGCUCGAAAUUAUUAUUUCAAAAUCAAACGAAAAUAAUUUCGUCAUUGUUGUAGGUGGCGGCGAAACGAGUUUUGCAAAUCAUCAGGGUUUUAUUCGGCGCCUAUCAGUCCAGCACCUUGAUCAUGAGCUUGCACAUUUACUCGCACAAGAAGAUCUUAGCCAUGUUCGAUCGCUAACAGUAACAUCAUCAACUUGCAUCAAACACUUGCCUAGUCUUGCUAAAUUUGAAGUUCCACGUGUACUAGAUUUUCAAGGUUGUCGGGGUUUGGAAGAAUAUGAUAUGAAUGGUAUUGGCAAAUUAUUCCAACUAAAGUACCUCAACUUCAGAGGCACGAGUAUAUCAAAGCUGCCAUCAGAGAUCAUGAUGCUACAUGACCUAGAGACCCUAGAUUUUGGAUAUACACAAGUGGGGGAGUUUCCAACUGGAUUCGUUCAGCUGACCAAACUACAACACCUAAUUGCUGGAGGUUGGACAACUAUGCGAAACAAGGUAGGGAAUAUGAGGAACUUACGGGAGAUAUCAGGCUUUAGUAUUACCCGGAGUCCAGCAGAUGCGGUGGAGGAUCUUGGAAACCUUCCAAGUUUGGUGGAAAUUGCUGUACAUCUCGAUGAUGGAGGAUCUGACGAGUUCAGGAGGCAUGCAGAAAUGUUACAUUCCUCACUGUGCAAGCUUGGUAGCUGCAAGCUCAGGUCUUUAUGGAUAAGUAGGUAUUGUGGUUCCCUCGAGUUCUUAGAAUCUUGGAACCCUCUGCCAUAUUCCCUUCAAGAAUUUUAUAUGUUCAGUGACUACUAUUUCACGGAAGUUCCGAAGUGGAUUGCUCCAGCACUCACCAGCCUUUCUUACCUAGAUAUCAAUUUGGCUGAAUUAACAGAGGAGGGCCUGCACACUCUUGGGGAGCUCCCGGCCUUACUUUGCCUAAAACUAUGCUGGAAAACAAAUCCAGAAGAAAGGCUUACAGUCCAGGGCACUGGAUUCCCAAGUCUAAUAAAGUUGGUGCUAUCUGAUCGGGCAUACAUUACAUUCGUGAAAGGGGCUAUGCCAAAGCUUCAGAACCUUAAGCUAUCAUUUGCUGUGUCAGUAGCAAAAGGUUAUGGCUUCUAUUUAGGCAUUGAGCAUCUCACAUGUCUCAAAAAAGUAAGGGUACUGUUUGUAACCAAAGGUUCAGAAAGCAAGGUUGCAGCUGCUGCAAUCUCUAAGGAAGCAGGUGCCCAUACCAACCGUCCUAUAGUUACCAUCAAUGGAAGACCAUAUGAAGAGGCUGCUAACAACGAGGAGAAGAACAAGGUGAAUGGCGACACUCCGAUUCAAGGGAAUUAA